AUGAAAAAAGCCAUCGUUCUUGCUAUCAUCCCCUUCACGCAGGCCCUCGUUGGUCUGAGCUGGAGCGUUUCCAAUACUCCCUCCUCUGGCCUGAAGGACAUCACGUUUCCCUUCUCGAUCGCCAAUGCGCCUCAUGAGACAGGCUACUAUUUCGCACAGCAGUUCAACUUCAACGGUCUUUCUGAUGUCGGGUACGCAGGCCUCCAACCACGUCCGGAUGCCUCCGGCUCAAGCAUCGUCCACGCUGUUUUCUCCAGCUUCGUGGCCGGAACCACGAGCACCGACCAAAACUGCAGCGACGGCGCAGACGGCGGUGCGGGUGUCAGCUGCAGUGUGGAAAUUCCCGCGCCAUAUGCUCCGCUCUAUCAUCUCGUGGUCAAGAACACAGGGAGCACCACCUGGACAGGAACGCUGGUCGACACUGUGAGUGGCAAGUCGACACAUGUCGGGUCGUACACUUUGCCGAAUGGUGCUGGAGGAAUCAUAAGCAGCCAGGUCGGAUUCAUUGAGUAUUAUCCGUGGAACGCCAUGACGAGUCAUAGCUGUAGCGAGCUCCCGUAUACAAAUGUCACAUUCGGAGCGCCUACGACGAGCACUCCGGGGGCCGGAGCGGGUCAGUUGAACAAGCCGUACGAGUAUGGAGAUUGCGUUGGAAAGGUGAACUUCGAUGUUCAGGAGACAGACCAGGGAUAUCAGGUGUCAGUUGGCUUUUAG